AUGGAAGAACCAGCGAUUCAUCAGCAGUUGGAAAGUGCCGAAAGACUGAAAAAAUUCAAAUACUACUUCAAUGAAAAAGGGCAACUGAGGCACAUUGAAACAAACGAGCCAUUUGUCUUUAAACAAAGUAAUGCAACUAACUGGAGCCACCAAAGGUACAAAGCCUUUGGGACAGCUCUGGCCGAAUACGUCUACGAACUAUUGGAGAAAGAAUGUCUGUUGAAACGAGUCUAUGUUCCCAUUGAUGCAGCAAAGGAUGACGGAAAAAGUUUCUGCUUCAUGAGUGAAAGGGCUCUGACCAAUUCUUCCAAACUGAUUGUUCUGCUGCAAGACCGUGGAGUGAUGCGGGCUGGUACCUGGUCCCAGCAAUUGAUUCUGCACGAUUGCUUGGACACCGGCACGCAAAUCCCCUUCAUUAAGAAAGCUUUAAGCGAGCGGUACGAAGUGAUCGUGUUAAAUUGCAAUGACCGCUUUACGGCUGUUAAACAAGGCGAUGACGCUGAAAAAAAGCAACUUGAUUCUGAUGAAAGGGAAUCAAAGCUUGAACAGACACCAAUGGGGGAUGUUGAAAGUGUUGAAGCGUACACCACCUACAUUUGGGACCAGUUUAUAUCAAAGUUUCCUGACAGGAGUGUAGCUUUUAUAGCACAUGGCUAUGGCGGGUUGCUAUUUGUGAAUCUCCUAAAUGAACGUAGAGAUGUCAUGAGCAAAGUUUAUGCUGUGGCCUUCAUAAACUCUGCUCAUGAUGCAGAUCACCAAAACGUUGAGCAAGGUGGCCGGGAUUGGAUUGAGAAACAUUGCCGUAAUUGGUUGCUGAGCCCCAAGCCUCUAGACAAACCUGUCCCCUCUUUAAGGAUGGGCUGCGCGCAGGUUUCUGCCGGCACUGAAAAGCCUGAGUGGGCACCCACAACGUGCUUUCACUCUAUCUUCAAGCACUUGAAGAAAGUUUCAAACAUGCAGAAUGCUGAUCGGAUCAUUCGAUCGCCAAUCGUUACAAGAAGUUUAAGUAAGAAAACUACAGAAAGCAAUAAAAGAUGUAGAUUUGUUGACUGAGCUUUGUCAAAUAAAUCAAUGGUAUUUGAUAACUU